AUGUCUUUUGAUGAACUACUGGAGCUGGCUGACAAGGGUAACCACCGAGAGGUGGAUAUGCUUGUGAAAGACAUCUACGGGGGAGCCUACGAGUCACUGGGACUAGCGGCUGAUGUGAUUGCUAGCUCCUUUGGUUUAGCCGCUCGGCGGCCUAAUGAGGCAAGGAGACCAGCGGAUAUGGUCAAGGCGUUGUUGGUAGCCAUUAGCAAGUGA